AUGUUUUCCAUUUCCACUGCACCGGCAAAGCAGUCGGUCGGCGAGACCAUCACCGUCUUGAGUGGCCGUCUCAGCUCCGCAACCUUGCUCGAAGAUCGUCGCGCUGCUAUACUUGGCCUACGCAGCUUUGCCAAAGACUUCCCCGCUUCUGUCGCCUCCGGAGCUCUGCGCAGUCUCAUAGGCAGCUUGAGCAAGGAUGCCGAAGACGUUGAUACCGUCAAGGUGGUCCUCGAGACCUUGCUAAUGCUUUUCAGCCCCAACGAAGAUAGCCCAGAGGCCUCGGAGGAAAUUGCGCUUUGGCUCGCUGACGAAUUUACCAUGCGCCAGGAGAACAUUACCCUGCUACUCGACUUCCUAGACUCCAGCGAUUUUUAUUCCCGACUCUACUCCUUGCAACUCCUAGCUGCCAUCCUGUCUGCCCGGACAGAGCGGACUGAGGAGUGCGUCUUUACGGCUCCAUUAGGCAUAUCUCGUCUGGUGGCUGUAUUGGACGACUCCCGCGAAGCCGUCAGGAACGAAGCUAUCACCCUUCUCACCUAUUUGACCCCUUCAUCGACUGACAUCCAGAAACUCGUCGCCUUCGAGAAUGCAUUUGACCGCCUAUUCAACAUCAUCAUAUCCGAAGGCUCCUUGUCCGAAGGUGACCGUGUUGUGGAGGACUGUCUGAUUCUCGUUGCCAACCUGCUCAGGAGAAACCCAUCCAACCAGUCUCUGUUCCGCGAGUCUGGUGGAAUUCGCCGGUUGGCCGUCUUGCUGGAGGGUGCGGGAAAGGCCCAGCGGGAGGAGGCAGAGGUUGCCGCAUGGGCACAAACCCAACGCAAUCGGAAUAUAUAUGCCCUUUUGGCUGUGGUACGCCUAUUCCUAGUCUCUGGGGCUGUGGGAACAGCGCAGAAUCAGCUUGCUUUCUGGCAGCACGGCCUGCUGUAUCAUGCUCUUCAACUGGCAUUUAGCCGCGUAGCCCAGCUUCCAAUCAAAGCAGAGGCUCUCGAAACCUGCGCCGAUAUCAUCAAAGGCAACGCCAGUCUACAAGAAGGCUUCGCUCAGCUCCAAGUUCCUUCACCUCUCGAUUCACACAUCCCAGUCGAAGUUAGCCAAGCAAACAGCGCCUUCCAGGUUUACGUGAUAGACGGUCUGCUGGAUUUGGCACUCAGUAUCGAAGAUACCGAGGCAUUCGACUUGCGCUUGGCGGCGUCCGACUGCCUCAAGGCUUACUUCUACAGUCAUGCAGACAUCCGUCUGCAUUUUCUCAGAAGGGCUAUCGAAGGGCACAAAACAGGCGCGGAUGAGACAGCCAACGUACUCACGGUACUUUUGCGGCCGUCUCCAAACACCAAUACCACUAAUCCCUACCGCAGCUGGUUUGCUGCUACCAUCAUGUUCCACCUUGUCUUUGACAAUCCGGAAGCUAAGAGCCUAGCUAUGGCCGUUACAGAGGGCGACGCGGAAAGUGGCGAGGAAGUAGUCACAAGCAUUCAAAUCGUUGCCGCACACCUGAUAUCUGGUCUGAAUCGAGAGGGAGACAGUCGCGUGGUGGUUGGAUAUCUAAUGUUGUUGCUCGGUUGGCUUUUUGAAGACCUGGACGCCGUCAAUGACUUUCUUGGAGAAGGAAGCAACACCCAAAGCAUCAUUCAAGCAAUCAAUCAUCCGUAUCCUUCAGGCGAAGUCGUUCAAGGGCUUUGCGCCAUGCUUCUCGGCGUGCUGUACGAGUUCUCGACUAAGGACUCGCCCAUUCCGCGCACAGACCUUCACUCCAUCUUGGUGUCGCGAAUGGGACGCGAACGGUAUAUCGACAAACUGUCCAAGCUGAGAAGCAAUCCGUUAGUCAGAGACUUCGAAGUCAUCCCGCAGACGCUGGGCAAUUCAGGGUCCGGCAAACUGCCUGAUGUCUAUUUCGAUGCUACUUUCGUCGAGUUUUUCAAAGACAACUACAGCCGUAUCUUGCGUGGCAUAGACCGAGAUCCUGGGUUGGAGAUAUCUGUUGUUUCUAAUGGCGUGCAGAAGGGUGUUUCGCGCGAACUUGUUGAUUCCCUUCGGAGCCAGUUGGCUGAGAAGGACCAGGCAUUGCAGGAAGCACAGGUAAGCAUCGAAACUGUAGGCCGGCAGAUUGGCCAAGAACAGGCAGAUCAUCGGCGAACUCGAGAAAGCUCUGCUUUGGAGCUGGCAAGAAUGAAGCAACUGAAUGAAGGAUUACAGCGGCAGCAUGACGCGGAGCUUCGGACUCUGCAGAACAGAAUCACGGCCUUACAAGAAGAACACCAAGAGCAGAUGGACCAGGCCCGGCGGCAGAUUGAAUCUCAAGUCGCAGCACUGGAGAAGGAACACAAAAGGCAGUUAGCGGAUGUUCAAAAUCAGGCAGAAGGCCGCGUCUCUGCUCUGGAAAGGGAGCACAAGAAACAGAUGGCAGAGAUCCAAAUUAAGACGGACCGCCGGAUCGCAACUCUCGAUCAAGAGCGCAAGGCGAUUGAUCAAAGACAAAAAGAGGAGAUGGAUCGGAUACAGAAGGAAAUCAAGGCUCAGGUGGCUGCUCGAAGUGAAGAGCAUCGCAAACAAUUAGAACAUGCAAGGAAGACGGCGGAAAAUGAUGCCGAACGCAUUCGGCACCGAGCUGAGGCCGACAUGGCUGAUCUCAAGGCCACUAUCAGUCGGCUGGAGGUUGACCUUAUGAAGGCCAAGAAGAACAAAACGCAAGAGAUGCAGGCAUUCCGUGAUGAUUCUACUAGAAAACUACAAGCGCAAGAGGGCCUCAUCAGAAAAGCCGAAAGCCGCGGAAAGCAGCUGGAGAAUGAGCUCAGGGAGACUCGGGAGAAGGCCAUUCAGAGAGAGGCGGCUGUCCGAAAGGCCGAGGAAGACAAGCAGGCAACACAAAACGAGCUUGAUGACCUGCUCAUGGUGUUUGGCGAUUUGGAAGACAAAGUUGCGAAGUACAAGGCUCAACUCAAAGCACUCGGCGAGGCUGUCUCCGACGGAGAAGAAGAGGAAGAGGAUAGUGAUGAAGAGGAUGAAGAUGAUGAAGAGAACGAUGCCAAAAGUGAAGACGCGAACGGCGCCAAGACAUAG